CAAGGCCAAGGGACACUUCUGUCUUCAGCUGACUUUUUUUCUGCAUCAAAUUGGCUCAGAGGAUGUAGACUUUACAGUGUCAGUGGGCGUCCACAGCAGAAUGAAGACUUCAAGAUUACAUUGUAGUGCCCACAGUCCUGCUUGCCGCGGUGACAGCUAACGCACUCGACACUGUCUAGACUAGAGUAUUAUAGCCCGACAGUCGACCCAAGCAGCAGGGCCCAGCUAUCUGCAAGUAGGCCAGGAAUAGAGAGGUCAACUCUCCUAUCCGGAGCAUACCACCACGGCACCAGGUCACACAGCCACCAUUCAGUUUUAUUAUUUUUGCCUUGGCACCCGCGUCUACACAGCAGCAUCGGCAUUGCAGGGCUAGCUGCCAGGCCAGGGCUGGCGGAGGAAUGCACAACCGGUCGUGCGCUGGAAGCCGCUGACCAGCUGCAAGCGCAAGCUACAUUACAUGCAGUGGGUCGCCCUGAGCGCUCCUGAGACUUCAGACAACGCUACUGGGCAGCCUAUAGCGGCCGGAGUACGCCAUUGCAUGGUUGUCCUGCCCUGUGUCUGCUGAGGGAAAGAAGUCCGAGUCAAAGAACCAGCAACCAACAAUGCACCAUUACUGGCAUUAGCCACUGGUCACAGAACUGAGGUAGUGCAUGCCGGGAAGGUGGUGUUCGACGUCACAGUGGUGGGACUGUAACACAAACAACGCCAGCAGUUGAACGUGAGGCGCAAGAACCACGCCGAGCAUUGGAAACAUGGCGGCAGCACCAUCACAAGGCGAGGCCAUUCAGCUGCACUUUCCGUCAACCCAUCGCAGUGACUUGAUGAUCGAAGACCAGGUGUCCAAAGUUCAGGAUGCCCAGUCUAGUCUGCUUGAAGCCAUGAUCAGCCUUCAGGAAGCCAAGGACGAGGAGGAUCGUGAGUCGUACAUGAAUCAAGUGCAAGCCCUGCACAAGCGCUGCAAUGAAAUGCUGGUUCGGCUACAGGUUAUGAUCAAGGUGCGUACAGAGCUUGGAUUCUCGAAGUUGGAACUGGAGGAAGCGAGGAAAACUGGAACGAACGUGCGUGCCUGUCAGAAACGUGUCAGCUGGCUAGAGGAACGCCUGGACAAGCUGCUGGUAGCGCGGCAGCACCGCGGUCGACAGAAGACCCGCCGUCUGCGUCACCUUGGGGGAGUAAAACACAUCGACCCGUCAUACCUUCACGAUCAAUCCAGAACCAGGACGGUAGACAGUGAGCACACACGGCCCAAGGCCACCGAGAGUGUUGACAACGUAGCAGAUCACAGUGACGCAGGCAAUGGCCGCCAGGUGCACGGCGGAGACACCGUCAUUCACGCCCCGCAUGCAUCUGUGGCGCUGCGCAAGGCAGCCAGCCUGCUCAGCGACCUCAAGCACAGCCGGCACUUGGGAGAGUCGUCGAUUAGCACACUUGAUUCAUCCGUGGCAACUGAUGUCGAUACUGCUGAUUAUGGACGUAGUGAGGAUGAUGGGAAGCACCAGAUGUCGAGCGAGGACGACGACGAUUCUGAUGAUGAUGAUUUCUCAUUUGGUGAUGCAGAGGAUGAGUUUGACGACGAUGAUGAUGAUGAAGAAGAAGAAGACAGUGAGUUUGAAUCAUCUGAAGACGACACAGACAAGGAUAGCAGUGGUAGUGAUGAGCUGUACACAAGUGGAACACAGACCACGGUAUCCGGUUCUCAAACAGAAACGGAAACAUCUCUUGCGCCGUCAUCAUCAUCCUCAGAAUCAUCACGAGCUGCAUCUACUGAGCUGCUCGGCGUGAUAUCUACUCCCAAAAUCGGUGCUGCCAAGGCAGACGCAGAGCGUGCAGAUGCCACACCUCACGUGGCAGCACACACGCUAGAGGAGCACAAGCGCAGUGUAACAUUCAUGACAGAGCCACCUGUAGUGCAUAGCGGCAGUGUCCCGUCAUCCACUGCACGCCAAGACUCGGCCAGGAGCAUCCUGAAGAAGCCCGGUGCUCUAGGGUCAGCGCGGUCGGGCAAAGAGCUGACCCUUCCUCCCAUUGGUCAGUUUGCGACGGUCAACUUAUCGCCAACACCCACCAGGAACGAGAUAAUGCGAGAACUGAAGAAACGCAUUGCCAAGCGGCAGAAGCAGCACGCCGGGUGUGCCCAGAAGCCGUUCAGAACUAGCAUGCAGUUUGGUCCGGUGGAGUCGAUGGGUGAUCCGUUCACCUGGCAGACCAUUGGACUAGCACUGCCCGGUAGCCUAGUGGAGCCAGCAUACAAGAGGGACCAGAUUACAACUCCACCGCCUGAUCACACGGAACAGCAUCGUGAUCUGGAGACGACACGGCUACAGACCAUGAAGUUCAACGCAUUCCUGGCAAAGAUCCAGGAGGUGGACACGCAGAUGCAGUACGCCGGACAGUACUCGGCAGAUUCCAAGCUGCCACCGCUCACGCUCCAGUCCAUACAAAUGUCCCACUCCAACAAGAUUGCUCUGGCUAAGUCCUGCGGUAUGAUGAAGCCAGGCGAGACCAUAGCAAGGAGUCCUGUGCCGACACCUGUACCAGAGGAAACGAAUCUAUCCCCGGCACCAUCGAGUCGCACAGCGGGAAGUCGUGCCAGCGACGCGAUCAGUGUCCUGGACGGUCUGGAAGAGAGCCGCUCCAACUCCCCGGAGGACGCUGACGACGGACGGGGUGCUCCUGAUGUUAAGUACACAAUACUGCACAGAAAUGCACCUUCCUACCCGACCAUCGCCUCCAAGUUUCUCCGCGGCAAACAGCCUCCUCGCCCUGCAGUGAGCCUGGCUAGCCAGCGCGCUCAUCAAGCCACUCGGAACGUCAAGACAUUUGUACCUGUUGCACCAUCGAGUGAGGAUAAUGCCCCGCGGACAGAGUCGCCGCUGCUUCUCUCCAGCGACAGGCACACCGUCAACAGACGCUGGCAGAGUGACGAUGAGUUCGGUUGCAAGGCACGGCGCUUGAAGACGUUGAUCGCCGGGAAAGGAUGGCUGAAUUCCAACAAUGCUGCAGUGAGACAGUCGGCUGCUAAGGAAAUUGGUGAACUUGGAUGUCAUGACCGGUACAUUGUCAAAGCAUUGCUCAAAAAGGUCGCCGAUCCUCAUUUCAUUGUGCGGUAUCAAGCCAGUCGCUCGUUGAUUCUAUUAGGAGAGUGGCAUGACUCGGCAGGAGCAGUGGUCGCGCAGUUCUUGGAGCAUGGAAGUGAUGAGGCAAAGCUGGAUAUUCUGGACAUCUUGAUCCGCUCACACCAUGGAACACAGGUUCUAUCCUCGACCGGAGUAGCAGACAGCCUGGACAACGUGCUGAAGAGUACCUGUGCUGACAAGCAGUGUAUCACGGCAAUCAGCUUCCGUGCUGCCUACUGCCUGGCCUUGAUCCACAAGGACAUGAGCAGCAGCCAUGUUGUUGAUUUCUUGCACUCUGCUGUGAACAACGCUGAAGAUGAGGGGGACCAAAUACAGGCUCUGGACUCGUUGUACAAGGACGUGAAGGUACACCCAAUGAAGCUGCUGGAUUCCUAUAUGAAGUUUCUCUUCAGUGCAACAGCUGCUAAGCAUCGCUUGCUCUGUGUUAUUCGUAUCGAGUGCGUGGCCAAAGAUCAGCCACGCCAAGUUGCCGAGCAUCCCCGGCUAGAGCAGCAGCUCUAUGAGAAGCUAUGGAACGAUUCCAAUAAAGAGGUGAGCGUUGGCGCAGCGCGUGUACUCAAACUACUGAAUAAGCAGCAGCAGGCUUGCAGAGAGGUGCAAAAACAACUGGAAAGCGAGAAGGAAACGUUACGGAUCAAAGGAGUCCGGUCUAUGUGCGCUUUACGGAUGCGAGCGCGUGGCAAUAUUCAGAUCCUGGUUGACUUGGUUCGCAUGGAUCCGUGUCAGUCGGUACAGCUGGCUGCCGUCAGGGCAUUCGCUGACCUGAACAUCACGGACAGUACGGUGCUACGGCUACUGCAGAGCAAGGCCAGUGGACCCGACACUGCACUCAAACAGGAAGCUCUCCAUACACUACAACAACUGAAGGUAGCGUGAGAAGGAAUGCUGCAGGCCAGGCAGGCCCAGCUGGCUGGUCCUCCGUACACUACAACGACUGACGAUAGAUAACGUGAGAAGGAAUGCUGCUGCUGCUGCAGCUGCAUUUGAUGCUGGAAAUUCGAGGAGUGGACAGGGCCAGCUGACUGGUAUCCUCCAAACCAUCCUCAGCAGUAUGCUAACUAGUACAGUGGUCCCUCUAUAAUCCGGCACCAUUUGUGCCACGAAAAUCUGCUGGAUUAGGGAGGGUGCUGGAUUAACAAAUCUGAUUUACUGCUGCAAUGUGCAUGAAGAGGACAUUUUGGCUACUGAAAAUUGUGCUGGUUUAUCGAGGGUGCUGGAUUAUAAAGUGCCGGAUUAGAGAGGGACGACUGUACUACACUCGCUACAAUUAGCUACAGGUACACGCUGCAUGCUUCGGUCAGCAACAAGCUACGCAGCUGUCUGCUCACUCGUCGAACACCUGCUGGAUAUCCCUCAAGCUGCUCUCGAGCGCGGCAACGAAACCGUCUGGAUCGCGGUAACCGUGAUAGGCCGUGACCUGCGAUGCGAUGCAGUUGUCGUCGACGCGAUAACCGACUCCGAGACCGUCGUUGACGACGGGUGCAAAUCCACCCAGCAUGACAGCCGGGCUGGACAAGGUACUGGUGGAUAGUACAAUAUGGUUCAGGUCCUUGUAGCCAUGCGAGCUAAAUAGGUCAACGGACUUGCCGGAUGCCUCGGCGAUCUUCUUCAGUGCAAACAGAUGACGAUCAAAGCCGUUACCUAGGAAACACAUACAUAACACACCCAUGUAAGAAGGGUUAUGUUAUACUUUCUUAGCCUGCAUUCUAUCUGGUAUAUUUCAUACGAACAAGAACACCUACUGAAGACCCCCCCCCCCCCCAUUGUUGAGAAUAUUAAAUUAUAUAUUUUCAGCAUGUCUUGAGACAUCUAAACCGGAUUUUAUUUCCAGUGAAACUCGCACACCAAAAUGAAAUGUAACAUCUGCCCCUCAGCAUGAAACUUCUGUCCGAUCAGCA